ACUCACAGGAAACGAUGCCCGACACUGUCGAUUCUCCAGCCAACCCUGGCACGUCUUGACCCAUCGUCCUCUCUUAUUGGGUGAACAGGAAUGCGGCGAGCCGGAUGUUGUCGUUUUUGCAAGGGCCAAAAUAGGCAAGAUGGCGUCGAGUGGCGGGGAGCUUGGAGGCGUAUUUGACCACCACGUCCAGAGGGCUGUAUGCGACACGCGGGCCAAGUAUCGGGAGGGGCGGCGGCCUCGUGCUGUCAAGGUAUAUACAAUCAAUUUGGAAUCCCGGUACUUGUUAAUACAAGGAGUUCCUGCAGUGGGAGCAAUGAAGGAAUUAGUUGAGCGAUUUGCUCUAUAUGGUGCAAUUGAACAGUAUAAUCCUCUAGAUGAAUACCCAGCAGAAGACUUUACAGAAGUUUAUCUUAUUAAAUUUAUGAAUUUACAAAGUGCAAGGACAGCCAAGAGAAAAAUGGAUGAACAGAGUUUCUUUGGUGGAUUGCUUCAUGUGUGCUAUGCUCCAGAAUUUGAAACAGUUGAAGAAACUAGAAAAAAAUUACAGGAGAGAAAGGCUUAUAUAGCAAGAACUGCUAAAAAUAAAGAUCAUUACAUGACAAAGAAGAAACUGGUUACAGAGCUUAAAGACACAAAAGAUUUUAGACAGGACUUCCAUUCAGGGACAUCUGGAUUUUGUGCAACCACGCAGAACACUUCUACUGGCAACUCAGAUCCUUGUCUUCCUUAUUCUUGUGAAUUGCCUUUAUGUUAUUUUUCCUCAAAAUGUGCAUGUUCAUCAGGGCAGCAUAUGGACAGGGCAUUAAACUUCUCUCAGGAUGGUAGAAACCAUGCUGAAACAGUGGAACAUUGUAUGUACAAUGACUCUUUGCAGAAGAUACAAAUGAAACCUUUUAAAAAUUCGUUCGCUUGCCCUGGUGCACAGAAGGCUAUUACUUCUUCAGAAGCAGUUGACAGAUUUAUGCCUAGGACAACACAACUGCAGGAGCGGAAAAGAAGGAGAGAAGAUGACCGUAAAAUUGGAACUUUUCUCGAAACAAACACGAGUAGUAAUGAGGUUAUGAUUGGGCCUCUGUUACCAGACAUACCUAAAGUGGACAUGCAUGACGACUCGUUGAAUACAACAGCGAAUUUAAUUCGGAAUAAACUUCAAGAGGUCAUUUCAUCUGUGCCAAAACCUCCGGAAGACAAGCUAGAAGAUGUGCAUACAAGUCGUCCAUUAAAGCAAAGAAGAAGAAUAUAGACUGUCAGCAGCAAAUUCUGUUUUCUACAGGACUCUUUAUUUUUUAUUUUUAGCCUGUCGUUUUAAUUGUUGAAGAGAUUAUACUGCUGGUAUUUUUUAAUGCACUCCUCUUUGUAAUAUUAUCCAAGGUACUUAUAAAAUUUCAUUUUUUAAAAUAAGUUUAUCAUGGACAAAAUAGAUGCCAGCCAAAUAUGUUCCUUAAAAAAAGAAAACUAAACUUUUCCAGGAGCUCCACCCAGUGACUUUGGUUACAUCUUUUUGGCUAGAAGUGGGCUCGUGGCCGUUCCUAAACAGGGGAAGUCUGGCAUUGUGAAUGUUUACGUUUCCAACUUCUGUGGAUAAGGAAGCAAGAGAAAAGAGGGUUGUAAAAGGCUUAUUCACAGUAUUUGCCACAAGAACCAAGCUUGUUGGCUAACUUAAAAAAUAAAAUUAGUUUAUCAUUA